AUGUCGAUAAUCCCAGGAACUGAUACCCACUAUGCCCGCUGUCUCCUCUCAUCACCACCGCCUGCCGAAUCCCAAGCUAUCUCACGUACCAUUACCACCCUCCAGCUUCAAUCCCACAUUGAAGGCGGCUAUUUCCAUGAAACAGACCGCGACCGCCUCCUUGUGCCCAACCCCUUCAAAAACCUUCCGUUGUUGACGAAUGCCACUUCCAAGGACACAUCCGACACCAGGAACGCGUCGACGACAAUCUACUAUUUCUUGAGCCCCAAGAGUCCCGUGGGACGGUUCCAUCGCAAUAGGGGCCGGACAGUGCACACCCUGCACUGGGGCCGAGGGCGCUAUGUCAUCUUGCAUUCCGAUCAGAGAGAUUCUUCUGGGAGCGGCGAAGUUCCAAUCGAGACCUUUGUGGUGGGCAAGGACAUUCAGAAGGGAGAAAAGGUACAGUGGAUCGUCGAGGGAGGGAAGUUCAAGGCGAGUUUUCUGCUUCCGGACGACGACAAGGGAGGUGAUGACGCAACAAGUGAGCAAGGCCUGUUGAUCAGCGAGACGGUGGUUCCGGGGUUCGACUACGCGGACCACGACUUCAUGACUGCAGAGCGAAUGGCUGAGGCACUGGGCAGUCACUCUAGAGAAGAGUUAAAGUGGUUGCUGAACGCGGACGAACAGCAACGCUUGGAGGGCGUGCUCGAGGAAAUGGGCAAAAAGUAG